AUGUCCCCGUCGAAGCUCGCCGCCGCGAAAGCGGAGAAGGCGCGUUUGCGAGACUUGAAGAAGCAACAGCUCGACGAACUCGAACGCGUGCGAAGAGAACAAAACGAUAAAGUCGCAAAGGAAGGGAACAAGAGUUCGAAGUAUAAAAUGCUCUUGGCGGAAACGGAGGUGUUUGCGCACUUUCUCGCCGGGUCGAAGGCUCACGCGGCGUCGCAAAAGAAAGGGAAGAAAGCGAGAAAGGAAACCAUCGACGAAGACGAGGAGGAUAAAGAAAUGGUUGAAAACGAAGACCACUUUCACGGAACGAGAUUGACAGUGCAACCGUCGUGCAUUAAGUUUGGCACGAUGAGACAAUACCAAAUUGAAGGUUUGAACUGGAUGAUCAAGCUCUUUGACCAAGGCAUCAACGGUAUUUUAGCCGACGAGAUGGGUUUGGGGAAGACGCUUCAAACGAUUUCACUUUUGGGGUAUUUGCACGAAUAUCGCGGCAUCACGGGUCCGCAUUUAGUCGUCGUUCCGAAGUCUACGCUUGGUAACUGGAUGAACGAGUUCAAGAGAUGGUGUCCGGUUUUGAGAGUGUUUAAAUUUCACGGUAACCAAGAGGCUCGCGAAGAGCAAAAAAGAGACUCGAUGCGUCCAGGCGGGUUUGACGUUUGUGUCACGUCGUACGAAAUGGUCAUCAAAGAAAAGUCAGCUUUGAAGAAAUUCCACUGGCGUUACAUCGUCAUCGACGAAGCGCACCGUUUGAAGAACGAAAAGUCCAGGUUAGCGGUGACACUGCGCAUGCUUUCGUGCAAUAACCGCAUGUUGAUCACGGGUACGCCGUUGCAAAACAACUUGCACGAACUUUGGGCGCUUUUGAACUUUUUGUUGCCGGAAGUUUUCGCCGUCGCGGGAGAUUUCGAUGACUUUUUUGCGAACGUCGAAGACGAAGACGGUGGAUCCGUCGAUGUUGUUCAGCAGUUGCAUAAAGUUUUGCGACCGUUCUUGUUGAGACGUUUGAAAGCGGAGGUUGAGAAAUCUUUACCGCCGAAAAAAGAGACGAUUUUGAAGAUUGGCAUGUCCGAUUUACAAAAGCAAAUUUAUAAACGCAUCUUGCAAAAAGACAUCGACGUCGUGAAUUCUGGCUCGGAUCGCGCGAGAUUAUUGAACAUGGUCAUGCAAUUGAGAAAGUGCUGCAACCAUCCGUACCUGUUCGAAGGCGCGGAGCCGGGACCGCCGUUCAUGACUGGCGAACAUCUCGUCACAACCUCGGGUAAAUUGAUUUUGCUCGAUAAAUUGCUCCCGAAGCUUCAACAGCGCGGUUCUAGAGUGUUGAUUUUCUCCCAGAUGACGCGUUUGUUGGACGUUUUGGAAGAUUACUUGAUGUAUCGCGGUUAUCAGUAUUGCAGAAUCGACGGUAACACGGAUGGUCAAAUUCGCGAAGACUCCAUCGAAGAGUACAACAGACCGGGCACGGAAAAGUUUGUGUUUCUUUUGUCCACCCGAGCUGGUGGCUUGGGUAUUAACUUAGCUACCGCGGAUACCGUCAUCUUAUACGAUUCCGAUUGGAACCCGCAGAUGGAUUUACAGGCCAUGGACAGAGCGCAUCGCAUCGGUCAGAAGAAGGAAGUUUCCGUCUUUCGUUUCUGUACCGAUAAUUCCGUCGAAGAAAAAGUCAUCGAGAAGGCGUACAAAAAGUUAGCCUUGGACGCUUUAGUCAUUCAGCAAGGUCGUUUGCAGCAGAACGCGAAAUCCGUCAAUAAGGAUGAUUUAGCGAACAUGGUUCGAUACGGCGCCGAGAACAUUUUUGAUUCCACGGCAGUGACCGACUUGACUGCCGAAGACGUCGACGCGAUUAUUGCCAAGGGUGAGGAAGCGACGAAACAGUUGAAUGAGAAAAUGUCAGGUUUCACGGACAAAGCGUUGAAGUUCUCCAUGAACGCGGACGCUUCUUUGUACGAAUUCGAAGAGCAAGAGGCAAAGGAAGAGGCGAAAAAGCUUCCGGAAGGCAUCGACGUCAAAGCCAUCAUUUCCUCGAACUGGAUCGAUCCACCGAAGCGGGAAAGAAAGAAAAAUUACAGCGAAAACCAGUACUAUAAAGACCAAAUGAACCAAGGUGGACGUCCGAGCGGAAAGUCUGGCCCGAGAAUCGCGCGUUUGCAACAAAUGAACGAUUUUCAAUUCUUCCAAGUCAAGAAAAUUCAAGCGUUUUACGACAAGGAUGUCAAGCGCAAGACGUACGAGUGGGAGAAGAAACAAAACAGACCGAGAACGACUGGCGCGGACGGAGAAGAGGUGGAAGAACCGGACGACCCGAACGCUCCUCCAGCACUCACGCCAGAAGAACAGGAGGAGUACAAUAAACUUCUCGCUGAAGGUUUCACGGACUGGAACAGAAGAGACUUUCAACUCUUCUGCAAAGCGUGCGAGUUGCACGGCCGAAAAAAUUUGGACGCGAUUGCGUUGGACAUGGAAGGUAAGACAUUAAGCGAGGUUAAAGAGUACGCGAAGGUAUUUUGGGAGCGCUGCACGGAGAUUUCCGAUUGGAAGAGAAUUGAAGGUAACAUCAAAAAAGGUGAAUUGAAGAUUCAACGACAAGAAGACAUGUUGAAGGCGGUGAAGAAGAAACUCUCGCUUUACAAGAACCCGUGGCGUGAGUUGAAGGUGGUCUACGGCCCGAACAAAGUGAAAUCGUACACCGAGGAAGAAGAUCGAUUCCUUCUGUGCUCGAUCACGGAGGUUGGCUUCGGGAACUGGGAAGAGUUGAAGGCGCAAAUCAGACAACACUGGCAAUUUAGAUUCGAUUGGUUCAUCAAGUCCAGAACUCCAAAAGAGUUGGGACGACGCGUGGAGACUUUGAUCAAUCUCAUCGAGAAAGAGGCGGAAGUGAACGACGAGAAAGCGUCGAAGAAGCAAAAGACGACCAAUUGA